GAAAAUGUCUUUUACGAAUUCGUAGUGAUGGUGGCUGGCUUCCUUGCAGACGACGCGUCAUAAAAUUGCAGCUAAUUUGUUAAUUCAAGAGAAAUUUUGGUCGACUAACGAUCUAAAUAAUAGUGAUUUAAGUGUUUUUGAAGUUACACACACAAUCGCAAUGAGUUCAAGCGUAUGCUACAAAUGCAACCGGACGGGGCACUUCGCCCGCGAGUGCACCGCCGGGGGCGUGCAGACGCGCGACGCCGGCUUCAGCCGCCAGCGCGAGAAGUGCUUCAAGUGCAACCGCACCGGACACUUCGCGCGCGACUGCAAGGAGGAGGCCGACCGCUGCUACAGAUGUAACGGCACAGGGCACAUAGCGCGCGAGUGCGCGCAGAGCCCGGACGAGCCGUCGUGCUACAACUGCAACAAGACGGGCCACAUCGCGCGGAACUGCCCCGAGGGCGGCCGCGACUCGUCGGGCCAGACGUGCUACAACUGCAACAAGGCGGGACACAUCAGCCGCAACUGCCCCGACGGCACCAAGACCUGCUACAUGUGCGGCAAGCCCGGCCACAUCUCGCGCGACUGCGACGAGGCCGAGCGGAACUAACCGAGGCGAGCUCCCGGUGUCGCGCACCACCCGCAGGGCGGCCACCGCACUUAUAUAAUAUUACGAAACUAUGUAUAUUAUGAUGCCACGCACGGACGAUAAGCAAAGGACGAGAUACGAUAUCGUAUGACCACUACUGAUGAAAUUAACGCAACGGAAUUACAAAUCGGAUACAGAAAUGGACAGACUGAGGAGUAUGAUUUAAUGUUGACUUGUAUAUAGGUCUCCGAGCGGCCGGCGGCCGUGGCUAGAGUAAUGUUUGUUCUGCACGUGAUCGAGUUAUUGUGUUUUUAAAUCAUUUAAUAAUCGUGAUUGAACUAUUGAUGAGGUAGCGUUACAGUUUUUAGCAUUACAGAGUAUAUAUUUAAUAUAUUUUGUACAGAUUUUUUUGUCAAAAGAUAAAUUGGAUGCUGGCGUACCAUGACUUUUCACUGAGGAGGAGAGGAGAUCCCGGGAGAGGCCUGACCCCUGUUCGUCCCGUUUCUAGUUAGUUGUGCUGCUGUGGUUUGACAACUCUACUUUUCACUCUGUGAUAAUUAAUUACUUUAAUCAAUCCUUUGUUUAUGAGGUCCUGCUUACUUGUGGAGAAUUCAGUGGUUAAUUAGAAUUUCAUCAAUCAGAA